AUGGUCGUUUCGGGCACAUCAACUGAUCUGCUCGAAAGCAGACAUAUUCAAUUCAUUGCUCUUGGUGGUGCCAUUGGUACGGGUCUUUUCCUUGGAAUUGGCCGUGCCUUGACUCAAGCUGGUCCGCUUAGUCUCUUGCUGGGCUACAGCAUUUCAGGCGCCGCUAUAUUUUGCAUGAUGCAGAGUUUGGGUGAAAUGUGUACUUGGCUCCCCCUCCCAGGAGCAAUCCCUCAAUUCGCAGAUCGUUGGGUAGACCCUGCGCUGGGGUUUGCCAUUGGUUGGAAUAGCUGGUAUUAUUGUGUCAUAACUCUUUGCGCAGAGAUUGCCGCUGUAUCCGUCGUGAUACAGUAUUGGGAGGGAGCCCAAGGCGUCAACAUCGCAGUCUGGAUAACCGCUCUCAUCGUCUUGGUGGCCUGCAUUAACCUCUUCGCCGUCUCAGUUUACGGAGAAGUCGAAUUCUACUUUGCUGGCAUCAAAGUCAUUGCUAUUGUCGGUCUCAUUCUGUUAGCCUUCCUCAUUGACGUAGGCGCAACAGGGCGAGGCCGUAUCGGAUUCCGCUACUGGAAGAACCCCGGAGCGAUGAAAGAGUAUGUGGCAACCGGUGACCUGGGUCGGUUCCUGGGCUUCUUUUCGACUCUAGUCAAUGCAGCCUUUUCUUUUGGUGGUAUCGAAACCGUUGCCGUAGCUGGAGGCGAAGCCAAGAACCCACGAAGGAACAUCCCCAAGGCUGUCCGCCGAGUGUUUUGGAGAAUCCUGUUCUUCUAUGUUCUCGGCGCUCUAGCGGUCGGUGUGUUGGUUCCGUCCAACGAUGAGAAGCUGCUGAGUGCUCAGACAAAUGGCUCCAAGGGUGCAGCAGCCUCACCAUGGGUCAUUGCUAUUACGCACGCCAGGAUCAAGGUCUUGCCAUCUUUCAUCAAUGCUGUUAUUCUGAGUUCCGCCAGCUCCGCCGCCAACGCCAUGACCUUCAACGGAAGUCGAUACCUCUAUGCUUUGUCGAAGAAUGGACAAGCCCCCAAAAUCUUUCAAAAAUGUAACAAAAGCGGAACGCCAUGGGUGGCAGUACUGCUAGUUACUGCCAUCUCUCUACUUUCGUAUCUCUCCUGCUCUGCUAGCAGUAGUGUGGCAUUCACUUGGUUUCAAAACCUUGCUACACUGUCAUCACUUUUUACCUGGUUCGCUAUCUGUCUUAUCUAUGUCAAAUUUCACAGCGCCUUAAAAGCACAAGGCAUAGAUAGGUCAUCACUCGUCUUUAAGGCACCAUUCCAACCCUAUCUGGCCUGGUUCUCGAUGUUUUAUUUCGGCACUAUUAUCAUUUUCAGUGGGUUCUGGACAUUCACCCCUUGGAAUGCCAACAGCUUCGUCACCACCUACAUCGGUAUCCCGCUCAUAGCGAUCCUCUUUUGCUUUUGGAAGUUCUUUAAGAAAACUAAAUGGGUGCUAUCUACUGAGGCUGAUCUUUAUCGCGAUAAGGCUGCUAUUGAUGCUAUCGUCUGGGAAGAGAGGAAGCCAACAACAAUCUGGGGUAAGGUUUGGGACUGGCUGUGUUAA